AUGCACAUAAGACGCGAUUUUAGGAGAUCUGAACAAAUUAUGCCUACCAAAGACAUUAUCCUUUCUAACAAAGACAUUACUAUAACCAUCCUCGAAACAGCAUGUGAAGAAUGUGUUAUUGAUUCAACAUUGCAUAAGCAUAUCACCAGAAUUAUUAAUUCUGCAAAGAAAGCUACUCUUGAUGAUUGCGUAAGAUGGAUCAAGGAUUUAAUGUCAUACUUUGAUAGAUACGUGGCCUCUGAGCCCAUCCUGUUUCCACUUGAUAUGCAAACGCAAAUUAAAAUAUAUUUUAUGCAAAAAUAA